AUGGCUCAGCCCAAGGGCACCGUGGUGCUUGCCUACAGCGGGGGUCUCGACACCUCCUGCAUCCUGGUGUGGCUGAAGGAGCAGGGCUACGAUGUUGUCGCCUACCUGGCCAACAUUGGGCAGAAGGAAGAUUUUGAGGCAGCACGAAAGAAAGCACUGGUAUUGGGGGCCAAGAAGGUUUACAUCGAGGACAUCAGCAGGGAGUUCGUGGAGGAGUUCAUCUGGCCGGCAGUGCAGGCCAAUGCCCUCUACGAGGAGCGGUACCUGCUGGGCACGGCCCUGGCACGGCCCUGCAUCGCCCGCGGGCUGGUGGAGGUCGCCCGGCGGGAGGGAGCCCAGCACGUCGCCCAUGGGGCCACUGGCAAGGGCAAUGAUCAGGUUCGGUUUGAGCUCACCUGCUACGCCCUGUGCCCUCAGAUCAAGGUCGUUGCACCCUGGAGGCUGCCUGAGUUCUACCAACGCUUCCCUGGGCGCCGUGAGCUGAUGGACUAUGCCAAGAAGCAUGGCAUCCCAGUGCCCGUCACACCACAGACACCCUGGAGCAUGGAUGAGAACCUCAUGCACAUCAGCUAUGAAGCCGGGAUCCUGGAGAACCCCAAGAAUCAGGCCCCCCCUGGGCUCUACACGAAGACCUGUGACCCAGCCACCUCUCCAGACACCCCGGAUGUGCUGGAGAUCGAGUUUGAACGGGGUGUCCCUGUGAAAGUCACCAACGCCAAGGAUGGAGCCACUCAUUCCUCUGCCCUGGAGCUCUUCAUCUACCUGAACGACAUCGCGGGCAAGCACGGCGUGGGGCGCAUCGACAUCGUGGAGAACCGCUUUGUGGGGAUGAAGUCCAGAGGUAUCUAUGAGACCCCAGCGGGGACCAUCCUCCACCAGGCACAUCUCGAUAUCGAGGCCCUCACCAUGGACCGGGAAGUCAGGAGGAUCAAGCAGGGGCUGGCCGUGAAGUUCUCUGAGCUGGUGUACAAUGGCUUCUGGCACAGCCCUGAGUGCGAGUUCCUGCGGCACUGCAUCGGGCACUCGCAGGAGGCCGUGGUGGGCACCGUCCGGAUCUCCGUCUUCAAGGGCCAGGUCUACAUCCUGGGCAGGGAGUCCCAACGGUCCCUGUACAACGAGGAGCUGGUCAGCAUGAACGUGCAAGGGGACUACGAGCCCGCGGACGCCACUGGCUUCAUUAACAUCAACUCGCUGAGGCUGAAGGAAUAUCAUCGACUCCAGAGCAAGGUCACUAGGAAGCAGGAUGAAUAGCAGCAGCCCAGCCU